CGAAACUGUUCAUGGCGACUUCAUGAUGAUGGGGGCUCCGUCGGCGGCGCUGGGGAAAGCAGAACGGGAUGCUUGGAUCCAAGCCAAAAUCGCCAAGAAUCGAAAACUCAAGGAGAACGAGGAGGCUCGGCUAGCAGAGGAGGCCUUGCAAGCCAAGGAGCGGCUGUGGAGUCCAUACGGCCGUGCAGCCCUCGUCCACAACGAGCUCAACAUUGCGUGGAAAGGCGACCUGGACAUUUUCCACUGGACGCGCGUGCUUCCCUAUCGAGACCUCGUGGCGCUGCGUGUGACUGGCCAUGCGCUCGUCGACGUGCCGGCCGAGCUGCCCAUUCGACUGCCGUCGCUACAAAUACUCUGCUUGAUCUCGAACCAACUGGAAACGCUCCCCGACAACCUCGGGCUCCUCACCCACCUCGUCGAGUUGGAUCUGACCAAAAACAAGCUCAAAGCAUUGCCCGAAUCGAUCUGCAAUAUCAAGACCUUGACAUACCUCAACCUGUCCAACAACGUGCUGGAAACGCUGCCGUCCCGCUUCGGUGAGCUCUUCCGACUCGAGCGAGUCUGGGUCGAAGGCAAUCAACUCACGCAAACUCCUCUGUCGUUUGGCAAGCUUCGCUGCUCGUGCGCCAACUUGAACGGCAACCGCUUGCGCGACUGGAACUUGUGGCGCCCCGAAUUCACGCUUCUCACGACGCUGACUCUGAAUUUAAACCACUUGACUGGUCUCCCCGACACGCUGUGCACGUUGCCGGCACUGACGUCGCUCUCGGCGUCCAACAACAACUUGACGUGCCUCCCCGAGUCGUUUGGGUCCCUCGUGAAGCUCCGGUGGCUUCGCCUGGACUGGAACCGUAUCAAGGAGCUGCCGUACUCGUUCCGGCACUUGACCGCCUUGGAAAGCAUUCACAUGGAGCGCAACCCGAUGACCAUGCCGCCGCUCGAGAUAAUAUAUCAAGGCGCUUCGACCGCCGUCGCUUAUAUGCACCAACGGUAUCUGGCAUGGCUCCGACAAGAGCGGCGCAAAGUUGUCGAGCAACUGCAGGCUGUUUUGGCGGCGUUUCAAGUCGAGCUGGACGUGGCUAUGUCUGGACGACCCACGAGCGACGUCGAGUCCUGGGCAGCGUUUCUCGCGGUGUUCACGCCAGGGGUCGAGCGCAUCGUGCGCGGAACAGCGCUCCCCUUCUACGCCCUUGUCCUUCCAGCACUCUUUUCAGGGAUCCUACCGACGGUGCAGCGCCACUGGGCAGACCAUCCAGAGCUCCGGCCGAGCGACUCGAUCGUCUCGUUCGACUUCUUCGACUUGCCGGAAAGGGUCGUCGUCGACGCCAUGACAAACUACGACGACGAGUACUCGAUGGCGCUCGUUACCGACCAAGCGGCCUACUUUCGUCGGUGCGGCUGUAUCGACCCCACCACAAACGCACGCAAACCAUGCAACCGAACGCCUACGCCAUAUCAGUGCGAGCGCCACGACGCCGCGCUCUUCCGAGUCAAGAUGGUCACGGCGCAAGAGUACAAAGAGAUGCAGUCGGACUCGUACUUGGUCGCUCGUCGCGAACGCCUCGCCAACGCCAUGCGGGCCAAAUGCGUGGAAUACAUCAACUCGGAGCCAGGCAUCGAGUUCUUUGACAAGACUUCGAUCGAGUGUGCAAAGACGCUUCUUGCGGCGCGCGUGGCGCGAGACAAGCAAGUCAAACAAAACGCCAAACAUGCCAAAGCCGUCGCGUCCACCCGCCGCAAGACGCUGCAGAAAAUCCAAGCGCUGCAGGCUAAACACUCGAGACGGUCGCUGGCCCUUGGAAAAACCAUGGAAGGGCUCCGAAAAGAACUCGACCUUGUCCAAUUGCAAAUUCGCGCGGCGGCCCCUGGUCAAGGCAAAGCGCUGCUUGCUCGACGAGAUGAACUCGACAAGCGCAUCGAUCAAGCCAAGCAUGACCUGCGUCUUGUCGAACAAGACCCAGCGCUUCGAAAACUGCAGCAGAAAAUCGAGGCGUUGGAUGGCAACCCACGCACAUCGACCAAGUCGUCGCAGCACUCCACCACAACCCUGCAUGACGAAACAAACGACGACAACGCAAGCCACGAUGAAGACGACAAUAGCAAGAAUAGCGACGACAGGGCCUCGGACGACGAGGACGACGCCGAGUCCGCUAGCGAUCGCUCUGACAGUGACGAAACCAGUGAAGAAUUGGCCGACGAUCCCGCCGACGCCAACUCGUGGAUGGCUGGACUGGGCGACAUUCCCGGGCUCGAACCUGUAACAAACUGGAUCGACGCGGCGACGGCCAUCAUCGAGGGCAUCCUGGACACGCGGCAACCUCCCAAGAAACCCCAUUUGGAAGAAGUCGCCCACAUGUACAACCAUCACUUGCGGGACACAUAUACGAAACACAAGAUGGCAAAGGUCAGGAACAAGGUCACGACCGAGUUUUACCAAAUGCGGUUUGUCCUGCGCAAGUGGUACGUAGGAGGUCGACGGUGCCGAUGGCCAUGACGGUCGCAGGAUGGGGUUUGGCAACCGAGUCGUGUUCGUUGCGUGGCGCGACUACGUGCGGGAGACUGUCGCCGUGCGGAAAGCAACCUCGACUAAGCAACGCCUCGACGACGACCUUGCCCAACAGAAUCGCAUCGCGGAAGUCGAGUUGGGCAAGCUCGACGCGUUGUGCUGGGCGAAAAAAGUCAACCCGUACACGGACGCGGAAUACUACGAGCAUCGGACCACCGGCGCGAUCCUGGACACACCGCCGCCGUACUGGGAGGACGUCCAGGAACCGGAAGUGACGACAACGGUGGCGUCCGUGCCGUACUUGCCGCCCAUAAGAUGACCGCGAACGACGGCGAUUUUCCCAGCCAUACGUUUGUUGUCACACUGUUGCUUUGUUGAUUUG